AUGGCAAAAAGGCAUACCAUUUGGCACGGUCCACCUGAAUGCUGGCCGACCGAACAUUGUCGUGUCUUGUACAUUAUCAGCAAAUACGCACAACAAGCGCGAAACGUUCAAUCGAAUGAAAGCUGGAUUCGCCAAGUGGCUCUGCUUGUGUUGCUCUACGAAGGCAUCGAUUCCGGUGUUUUACCAUUCGACUACUCUCCAAGCCUGAUCUGGCUGACAUUCGAGCGUCACACAGACCGAAAGUGGCUUCAGAUAUCGCAGGAAGCAAAGUCCGUUAUUGAUGACCUGUGGGAAGCCAAGCUUGUGAAUGGCAUUAAACUUUCGUCUGUGGACUAUCAACCAGUCACGGCAUACCAAGCUUCCUUUCGUGGAUUAUCAAUCGUGGAGCAUAUGCCAGAUGCUUUAAAAAUGGACACUAAUACGUUUCUUUACGCCCCAAUAAGUUGUUCCCAGUCCAGCGAAGUAGGCGCCGUAAUCCCCGCUAACAUAAAACCCAGCCAAUUGUUGCAUGUACGCUAUGACGGCUCAGACUUUCAUUUAGAAAAUAGUGAUCGGUCUUACUCGAGAGUUAGCAGAGUUACUGAUUGUGAAGAUGUGUCAUACGUAUCGUCACCAUAUAUUCCGUCUGGACUUCGAUCUUGUACGAGCUUUCUCGCUGAGCCUACAAGCAACAGACUUCGUGCUCCCGAGUCGGCGCAUGGUCACAAUAUGAUGAUGAAGAAGGCAAAACCAAGUAUCACACUUUCACAAGUACAUGCGCUUGUGGGAGAGUGGCUGCCGUUUGGAGCCAACCAGAUUUCGGCUCUAACUGAGCGAUUGGGGGCAAUGGAUCGCUGUCAAGGAGGACUUUUUAGCUCCAAACUGGAUUUGCAACCUACUGAGACGCACUUCGAAGUGACCCCAGGUCUUACACAGGUUAAAAUCUUGGACUUUGACACCAUCCGCUUCAUCAAUUUUGAAGCCGAAAUCAACUUCCCGGAAAGCAAGGGUGUUAUCCAGAUAGAAAACUUUGGCAUGCAUUUGCACGUUAGUGGUGCUGUCCUUUAUGGUGUGAAAAUUGACGCUAUUAUGAAUCGCAUGGAGCAUGCUAUCACUUUCGACUUGCUAGCGCGCUUGCUGGUGGAUGUGCAUCAAGAUUCUUCGGGCAUUAUCCACGAUCUACUCUCUCGUUAUCAGCUCAGUGUUCUUGAUAUGCUUUUUAUGGGGAAAGCCGACCAACGUAACAAGUACAAUCUUAUUACGGCUGCAUCGAUCGAGCCAAAAUUAUCAGCGUCCAGUUACCUGGACAAAGGUGAGCGUGAGAAUGAGCUCAAACAAGUUUUAGGCGAAAUUUACGCAUGUUACGACAUCACAAAAGACGACGUCUUUUUUCUUGGACGGGAGGGAUGUUUGUUCAGCGGUCCCGGUGCUGCCCAAUACGAGUCUCUUCUCACGAUUUUUAUGGGUCUUAAUAGCCGAGAAAUUUUUAUUCGAAACUUUUUUGUGCGCACCUUUGUACUGAGCGAUAUGCUGGAGAAUCUAGGCGUAUGCAUCCGCAAUUAUCAGAAACAUGGAGAGCAUUCUCUAAAGUUGGUAAAAAAGUCGUUAAGCGACGCAGCAAGACACAUGAUUUUGCUCAUUGAAUGUCUACAGUAUCUUCUCGAGUCCGCAGAAGCCCUCGAGUUGCCGCUUGAGCCUCCUGACAUCUCUUGUUCCAAGAUUCACAAAUGUCUGCAGCUAUCGGAACGUAAGAAUAACGUUAUUGUGCGAUGCAAGGACUCCAUUAAACUCAUCGAGCGUCUUCGUACACAGCUUGACACGCUUAUCACCAAGUUUGAAGGCAUUUCACGGCUUCAAUUGACAAAUGUAUCGCAAAGCUUUGAGAUCAACGUUCGGCGGCUUGCUGAGUCCCUGCUCGUUCGUGAUGAGCUUGAGCGCAACUUGGACAUAAUUGGCAUGAUUUUUGCGGGCAAUCUUUCUUUUGAUAUCAUCGAUCGACUUAGCGGUGGAACUUUCAAUGUGUCUAAUCCCACGUGGUUCAUUGACUGGAUUAAGAAGCCCAUCAUUGACGCUCCAUUUGCAUUUUUGAUUAUUAAUUUGCUCUGGUUUGCUAUGAUUUUGAUGACAUUGCGAAUCUAUUUAAAAUUCCGAGUGUCCAGGAAAGGCGCAACGCUUGUAAUCCGUGCUCACACAGAUAAGCGUAUCAAUCUCACUCAGUUGCGCAGAUUGCUUGAGAGGCGGAAUGUUCGUCUCGGUGUACUCGAGUACGAUUCGGGCAGUCGACCUGAAUUACAAAGUUAUAAAUGGGAGGAAAACGGAUUUCCGACCGAGUACUCAACGACCCAAGUACAGAUUGUUGUAGAUGAGAAUCAGAAGCUUUUGCGGUCCAUUCGUCUGCAAAUCGCGUGUCCGCGUGAUAAGUCAGUGUCGAUCCACUCCCGUCGCCUUAGUAUGCGAAAUAUACAGACCUCGAAUAUAUCACGACGAGCAUCGCGCCGACUGCAUCCAGCUCCAUCUUCAGUCACAGUUGUGGAAAACAAUAUUCUUGAGCAGUUUUCCUCAAUAUUGCGCAAAGAGGGCGUUUACCCAGAGCGCUACGCCCCGCUCGCUCGACUUGGAAGUCAAAUCAAUUUACUCACACAUCCUCAAGACUUUUCCGAGCGUAAACAUAACCGAGACAUCAACUGGAUACGACGCCGUCGCGGCGCUGUGGACACAACUGUCGAUUUUCGCGAUAAAAAGUAUUCUAAAUAG